AACCCGGUUGGGCCUCGCAAUUUACGAGAGCAUAACAGCGUAGGAUUCGUAGCAUCGAAUCCCUUUCCUCUGAACAUUUCUCAUCUUCCUUUAUUUCGAAAGAAAACCUUUCUUCUGGUCGAUGCUUCAAGCGUUGCCUGUGUUUUGAAUCCCACAGGGCAGACAUUGUGAGAAAUGGGAAGUAAAGGUCGUGCUCCACCCCCUCAUUUAAGACGGCCCCUUCCUGGCCCUGGGAUAAUGCAUCCAGACCCAUUUGGCUUGGGCAUCCACCCUCCACCGGGUGCAUUUCCACCUUUUGAUAUGUUGCCUCCUCCAGAAAUCAUGGAACAGAAGCUCGCAGCACAACAUGUUGAGAUGCAAACACUUGCAGCAGAGAACCAAAGGCUUGCUGCUACCCAUACAACUCUAAGACAAGAACUUGCUGCCGCGCAGCAGGAGUUGCAAAGAUUGCAGGCUCAAAUAGGUGGUAUGAAGACAGAGAAAGAACAACAAAUGAGGGGUCUUAUGGAUAAGAUUGCUAAGAUGGAAGUCAACUUGCAAACCACAGAGCCUGUUAAAUUGGAACUGCAGCAGGCACGAGCUGAUGCCCAGAGUUUGAUUGGGCUGAGGCAAGAACUCAUUUCUAAAGUGCAGCAACUGAGUCAGGAUCUCCAGAGGUCCCAUGGAGACGUCCAGCAGAUUCCUGCCCUGAUGUCAGAACUUGAGGGUCUCAAACAGGAAUAUCAGCAUUGCAGGGCUACAUAUGACUAUGAAAAGAAACUAUAUCAUGAUCACCUUGAGUCACUUCAGGUGAUGGAGAAGAACUAUGUUUCCAUGGCAAGAGAGGUGGAAAAGCUUCGGGCAGAAUUGUCUAAUACCAAUAACCUUGAGAGAAGAACUGGCGUGCCAUAUGGGACCAGUACUGGGUACAAAGAGAAUGAGGCAGCUGAGCAUCAUCCUGUUGGACAAAAUGCUUAUGAGGGUGGUUAUGGUGUUCCUCAGGGACACGGACCACCUCCUGGUGCUGCUGCGGCUGCUGCUGCUGCUGCUUCUUAUGGUGGAGGCCCACCUGGGCCUACUGCACGAGCUGGUUAUGAUGCACCAAGAGGAGCUGGUUAUGAUUCACAAAGAGGACCUAGUUAUGAUGCACAAAGAGGACCUGGUUAUGAUGCUCCUAGAGGACCUGGUUAUGAUUCACAAAGAGGCCCUGGUUAUGAUGCUCCUAGAGGACCUGGUUAUGAUGCACAAAGAGGACCUAGUUAUGAUGCUCCCAGAGGACCUGGUUAUGAUGCUCAAAGAGGACCUGGUUAUGAUGCACACAGAGGACCUAGUUAUGAUGCUCCCAGAGAUCCUGGUUAUGAUGCACCAACCAGAGGUGCUGGUGUUCCUCAAGGACAGGGCACACAGGGAAGUAGUGUACCUUAUGGGUCUGCAACACCACCUGCACGAGGUGGAGGCAGCGGGGGUUAUGAGGCCUCUCAACGUGGUGGAAACCCCGUUCGGCGUUAAACCUUGAUAUGUUCACUUGAGAUCUGUUCUCUUUGAUUUUGCCUAGUUAUGGGGAAAAAUCAUCAGCAUCCUUAUUCAGUCUUUUGGAGAGAGACUGAUGAUAGAAUGCCUUUCUAUCAUUCCUUUUCCAUUUUCGUAGUUUGCGUGUUGAUUUACUCAAAGCUCUGAUAUUAGUGACUGUAGUGCUCCUAAAGGUUUACAUAUUCAGAUCAAUUGUAAACAGAUGAUAUUCAUCCAUGUUUUGAGUAUGUUGAGGCGGAAA